UUAUAAAUGGAUAAGCCUCAUCGCAAGAACAUUCUAGCAAGUUGUCAGCCCAGCCAUGCCGAGAUCCUCAGCAGGCUGGCUGAGAAGAACUUUCAAAAGAUUAAACUCAGAAGGAAACAGAUCCUGAAUAUGAAUAGGGGGUGGAAACAGGGGUAUAGAAUGAAGUUAAUCAAAGAGUCUCUGAACCCACCUCCAGCCUUUGGAAUGCAUAAGAAGAAAGAAAGUAUUGAGGGUUUGAGUAAUGAAAAGAAAGCACAGCUGAUUGCCUCACUUCUUGAGACACUCAAGACUGAUAGCACUAUUUUGGAAAACAUGAUCGAGAAAGAAGUUACCUAUGAGGUUUGUAAUGAUAAAAAGGAACAAUGCGCGGAGUCUAUUAUUUCAUUGCGCAAAAUUUUACAAGAAGAAUCUGAUAAGAUGUUUGAUGACGAAGAGAUCAGCAUUGCUCAAGUCUUUAUCAAAAACAAAGGGGUUGAAAUACUAUUGCCAUUUUUAAGAUUUGAGUACCACGAGAAGAUUCUGAAGGAAACUCUUUGAUGUCUUGCAAAUCUCUCCAUGAUAGCUGGGCAAGAUAGAUCUAACUUAAAAACUAUUGUCCCGGACUUAGUUUCAAAAAUAGUUGAUCCUUCAACUCUUGGUAAGAAUCUUGCCCAAUACUUAAUCAUUGUUGAGUUCAUCUUGGUUUGCUUCGUGUUUAUCCUUUAUGAUGACGAUGACACUGUUCACGAUGUCCUGACUAACAUCCCUAAUCUUGGGUACAUCUCACAAUUAGUGAGAUUUAAAAGAGAAUCAUUAUCUGUGAUAACUUGUAUGUUUAUUAACAUAAGUAUCUCUCUGGAUCCAAUUAUAAUCCCUGAUUUCUUGAGAAGCGACCUGAUCUCAGAUCUAAUUUAUGGAGUUAAAGGGAACAUCAACAUUGGGCGAGAAGUUAUUUUAAUUUUCUCAGUAAUCUCAAACAUGAAAUGGAAGAUAGAAGAAGCUGAUGGCGAUGAUGGGUGGAUCAAAAUUGCUGAUGAAUGUCUUCAGUUGAUAGUCGAAGAUAAAAGAGUCUGAAAUCUCUUAAAAGAUAGUAUGAAACUCAAACACAUUACGACUAUUAAGCCAUUACUCGAUUUCAUAGGGAAUUUAGUGAAUAAUACUGAAUGUAAACUCGAAGAAUAUUUGAUAAAACUACCGGAAUUUGAAGAGAUGAUCAACUUCUGUUUUGAGUCUGAAUCAUUUACUCUUGUAGGAAGUCUCCUCUGGGCGAUAUCUUCAAUGAUGAAUAAUCCAUCAGUUGUUGACUAUUUUGUAACAAAUAUCAACAUGCUUGAAAAGAUUACUUUUAGUUAUCUCUCACACAAAGAUCUCAUUGUACAGAAGGAGGCUUGAAUAACUCUCUUUUAUUGUAUGAGUCAAAAUAAAAGCAACAUUUCUAUAUUCAACAAUGAAUUCAGCGUGAGAGCCAUCUUGGAAUCUCUAGAUUGCUCACCCCAGAUCUUACCUGAAACAGUAAUGGCUGUUUUCAGUAUAAUUGACAUUUCAUGUGAAGAAGUCAGUGAUAUCAUCACUGUCUUCCAGGAUAAUGGUGUUAUUGAAAAGAUCAAUAUUAUUUCUGAAAAGUUCCAAACAAAUAGUGAUAUUCAAAAAUUCUGUAAUGAGCUUCUUGACAAGUACUUCGAAACAAAGGAAAAUGACAAGGAAAUAUUUGGACAAAUGCAAAAUUAUGACAUGCAGUUUUAG